CCAGGCUGUGUUGACAGGACCUAGGAGGCGACUGACAGUGAGUUGAAACUGGCUCUGGCAGUUUUUCCAUUAAGGUGAAGAAAACUAUAAAGGAUAUGUCAGAGAAUCAACUAGAACUUGAUCCAGAUAAUACUACAGACAUGGAAGUUGGUAUAGAUCCUGAGGAAGAACUUAUUAAGCAAUGUGAAGAAAUGUGGAAAGACAUGGAAGAAUGUCAGAACAAAUUAUUACUCACUGGAACUGAGACACUCACUAACUCAAAUGCUCAGCUCUCAUUACUUAUUAUGCAAGUGAAAUGUUUGACUGCUGAACUUGGUCAUUGGAACAAAAGAACACCUGAAAUAACUCCCCUGACUGAAGAUGUUUUGGUAACAUUAGGAAAAGAAGAGUUCCAAAAUUUGAAAUAUAAUCUUGAAAUGGUAGUAUCUACUAUUCAAUCAAAGAAUGAAAAGUUAAAAGAAGACUUAGAAAGGGAGCAACGCUGGUUGGAUGAACAGCAACAAAUUCUGGAAUCCCUUAAUGUAUUAUACAGUGAUUUGAAAAACCAGGUUGUGACAUUUUCUGAAUCAAGAAUCUUUAAUGAACUGAAAGCUAAGAUGCUUAGUAUAAAGGAAUUUAAGGAGAAGCUUCUGUUGACCUUGGGUGAGUUUUUAGAAGAUCAUUUUCCUCUGCCUGAUGAAAAUAUUAAAAAGAAAAAGACAACCACCACUCAAGAAUCAAAAGCACAACUGAUAACACUAAAUGAAAUGAUAGAGAUGCUUAUAAAUAGAAUGUUUGAUGUUCCACAUGAUCCAUAUGUUAAAAUUAGUGAUUCCUUUUGGCCACCAUAUAUUGAGCUGCUUCUGCGUUAUGGAAUUGCUUUGAGACAUCCAGAAGAUCCAGCACGAAUAAGAUUAGAAGCCUUCCAUCAGUGAAAUGAUGUUCUUGUCGUCCAUGGACAGAGAA